UGUGUCCCCAGCUGCUGCCAGUCCACCUGCUGUGCCCCCAGCUGCUGUGCCCCAGCUUCCUGCCUGACCCUCAUCUGCACCCCAGUGACCUGUGAUACCAACCCCUGCCAAUCAGCCUGCACCAGCUCCUGCACGCCCUCAUGCUGCCAGCAGUCUAGCUGCCAGCCUUCCUGCUGCACCUCCUCCCCCUGCCAGCAGGCUUGUUGCACAUCCGUCUGCUGCACACCCGUCUGCUGCACACCUGUCUGCUGCAAGCCCCUGUGCUGUGUGCCUGUCUGCUCUGGGGCCUCCUCAUGCUGCCAGCCCACCCCCUGCACCUCAUCCUGCUGCAGACCCUCCUCCUGUGUGUCCCUCAUCUGCCGCCCCGUGUGCAGGCCUGCCUGCUGCGUGCCCGCCUCCUCCUGCUGUGGCCCUGCCUCCUCCUGCCAGCCCAGCUGCUGCCGCCCAUCCUCCUGCAUGUCCCUGCUCUGCCGCCCCCUGUGCUCCCGCCCAGCCUGCUGCGUCCCCGCCUCGGCCCAGAAGUCCUGCUGCUGA